AAUGGAAGCGAAGAAGUAGAAACACUACCGUCGCGACCUGAAGAAGAUUUACUACACACACCUCUCUCCCCACGUGAAAUGUCCAGACUUAGCAGACGCAUUGUGGUUGAGUGGGACCACCUCGCUGGUCUUAUGGAUAUAUCCAGAGAAGAAAGAGAUAACAUUCGAUAUAGCCUCGUAUACCAUGAUAAUUGUUCUCGUGCAGAGAAAAUUUUAGCCAUUUUCAACAACAGGGAAGGUUUCUCACGUGAAAAAUUGGCUGGCUGCUUAAAGGAAAUCCAAAAGUUAGAUUUGAUCGAGAAAGUUCGCACCGGUGAGUGGAGAAACUUGUGA